AUGCUGCCGGGAUGGCACUCUGAUCCAAGCUGUAUCUUCGUGGCUGAGGAACACAUGUCCUUCUUCUGUGUCACGUCAUCGUUUCUCACUUUUCCGGGAAUGCCCAUAUACAGCAGCAAGGACUUGGUAAAUUGGCGGUUGUCUAGUCAUGUGUUUUCCAGACCAUCUCAAGUUCCACAGAUUGGAAAUACAACGGUUCAAAACGGGGGGCUCUGGGCAACGACCAUUCGGUACCACGAUGGUAAAUUCUACGCAAUAGUAUCAUACACCCCAGAAACACCAUUUACUGUCACCGGGUUCAUCUUCACGACUAGCGAUCCAUAUAACAACAGUGCAUGGAGCGAUCCGUUAGUAUUUCCGUUAGUUGACAUUGAUGCGAACCUGUUCUGGGAUGAUGAUGGGAAGACGUACAUCCAGUGCUCUGGCAUCCAUCAGCAAACCAUUAAUCUUGAGACGGGUGCCCUUGGACCAGCGACCAUCAUAUGGAAAGGCUUCACUGAGUUUAUUCCGGAGGGGCCGCGAAUGUACAAGAAAGACGGCUACUAUUAUCUUAUGAUUGCAGAAGGUGGAACAGAGCUGAACCACCACGAAGCGAUUGCCCGUUCGAAGAAUAUAUGGGGCCCGUAUGAAGGCUACUCGGCGAAUCCCAUCCUUACGAACACCAACACUACUGAGUAUUUCCAGACAGUCGGCCACGCAGAUCUUUUUCAAGAUGCGUCUGGGUAUUGGUGGGGCUCCGCCCUUGCCACAAGAUCUGGACCUUUAUGGGAAAACUAUCCAAUGGGCCGUGAGACUGUCUUAUUUCCAGUGACAUGGGACGAAGGCGAAUGGCCUGUUCUACAACCCGUCCGUGGCUCAAUGACUGGCUGGCCGCUGCCCCCACAAACGAGAGCAGUACCAGGAAGUGGACCGUUUGUUCAGGAUCCAGAUAUCAUAGACUUUCCUCCGGGCUCAGCGAUCCCGCCACAUUUUCUAUACUGGCGAUUUCCACCGACAGACGCGUUCGCGGUCUCCCCUCAGGAUCAUCCCAAUUCGCUUCGGCUACGUCCGUCGAAGUCAAAUCUUACGACCAACGCACCGGUUACAACGAUAGAAGAACUAAGUCUUAUCAUGCGUGUGCAGACAGACACCUUGUUUAGCUUCAGUGUCGAUAUUGUUUUAUUUAAGCCGAAUGUACAAGAGGAGGAGGUCGGCGUGACGGCUUUCCUCACGCAAACACAGCAUCUUGACUUGGGCAUUGUGCUCUUGCCUGUGAGCAGUUGCGGGCCGAAGGACAAGGUGGAGCUAGCCCCCCAUUUAAGAUUCCGUGUCACUAACGUACCCGCCCUGAACGGUAACUUUAAUGGAACCUUGCCAACUGUUAUCAAAAGAUUGCCAGAGAGUUGGCUAGAUGCACCUAUACGCUUACAAAUUGAGGCGGUCAAUGAGACCCAUUACGCGCUCUCUGCCGCAUCAUCGAAAAAACCUAGGAAUCAUGUACUGAUGGGCACAGCACCUGCAACGAUUUUAAGCGGCGGGGAUGGCGAAUUCACAGGUAAAAUUCUCCAAUUCUACAAGAGCCUCCGUUCUCAGAAGUUAAAUCAUGCUACCAAAACGCUUUAUGCCAGCCACCACAUUCUCUAA